AUGGCGGCAGUCCUUGAGUUUUGUUCGCUCCCGUUCAAAAUCUCCAGUGUCCCAAUCGCGAAUGAAGAGAUCAGCAUCUUUGUCAAAUGCCACGACCGGUUAUUCGUGAACGUCACCGUAGUGGAUGAGAAAGAUCGAGAGCUCUUCGUUGGAGGAGGACCUGGGUUGAUGAAGUCGUGGUCAUGGCGCCGACAGGUGAAAGACACCUCAGGGGUACCGAUCUUCGACUUACGCCAUCACGGGUCGGCGAUGAAGAACCUUUGGACAGUGGAAAGUCCAGAUGGUCAUCUCAUAGCGAACUUGAAGCAUAUCUCCGCUGGACGUCGAUCGGACCUUGACAUGGUUGUUGCCAAUGAAAAAGGAAAAGAAGACGAUGUAAUGUUGCAAAUUCGACAAAAGGACCAGAGCGCGAUCACAACUCAGGUCUUUUUCGAAAACGCCUGCAUUGCUGAGUUGCAGCUCCAGGAGUCGAACGAUAUCUCUGAUCUCCGUCAAGUUGAUCGGAGUUCCUGGAAGGUUCGAAUUGCUGGUGGUAUAGAUCCUGCUAUCGUCUUGGUUAUAGCUCUCUGUCGAGCUGAGAUGCAUCACGUGUGGAGACAGUAG